UAGAUGUGGGGCUACUAAUUGGGAAACUUGUAUACCAAUUGCACCUUGUGCUAAAAAAGUUUUAAAUGCAUCACUUUUUAAAGGUAAAUAGUGUUUAUGGAUGCUUACCAACUGAUAAAUGCUAAUUAUUCUAUCAAUGUUCAGAUGCAGUCUUAAAUGAUUAAAAUGCAUGCUUAGCACAUGAUGGUUGUAUUACUGAUGGAAAAGUAUGUAUAGCUAAGGGUAAUUGUGGUGACAACAAAAUAGAAAUUUGAUUCAAAAAUAAUCUUGGAAGAGAUGGAACUUUUUAGGAAUGGUUCAUCAUGCAAAUUGAAGGUAUGUUCAGGUCUUGUAGGAACUACACAUGAAGGUUGUAAAAUCUCAAGUUACCAGUUCUUGUACUUGCACAACUAAUAUAUUUAAAUGUCCCUCUAGAACUUUACUCAAGUUAUACAGAAGCUGGAUACUACUUAAGAAUAUGAUUUAUUUAUAUUCAGAAUAUAAUAAUUUAAAUAAAUCAUCAUUUAGAAAAAUCUAUAUUGA